AGUUGUUUUGCGCUUCUUGAAGUUUAUUAAUAUAUCGACGGCUGUAAAUUGUAGAUGAGACGUGAAGGGUGCCUUCUCAGAUGCGUUAUUCUGAAAUCUCAUUAAUAAUUUAUUCACACCUUUAAAUUUUACUAUCAAUGCUGCAAAAGCUAAAUUUGUUUAAUUUUGUCAGUAAUGUUGAUGAAUCAAAUUUAUUCCUUGUAUAAAUGAAAGCUUGUAAAAGCACAAGGGACAACCAUGUAAUAAAUCGCUUUGGUGUGUACAGCUCUGAUUCCCCCCCCCCCAAUAUAGCAUAAGUUGCGGCUGUUGGGGGAAAAAAAACACCGAAAGCAUCAUUCUCUCAAAAAAAGAAAAAAUAAAUAUUAGAGCAUUGGUUCCUAAAUUUGCCAAAGAAUGCCUCUGGAACCCUUCUUGUAGCAGAAACCUGACCAUGAACCCCUAAGUGAAAUAACAUUACUGUUUGAUAGAAAUAUCAUAAAUUUAACUUUAGUGUCUUGAAUGGAAUGCAGUCUUGAUUUUUCAUUGAAGUUUGGGCUUGAUCUAGCUGGUUGUUGAUGGUACAGAAAUGACAUUAUUAUUAAUAUCACUGUAGGCAACAGCAUCAUCAUUGUCAAGGCUUAUCAGCUGACAUCAUAGUAUUACUAUGGCAAAUACUAUGGGUUGGCCCUCAUCGUCAAUAAAUUAUAUUGCUGCUGAAAUUGAAAAGACUGAAGUGUAUCGCAAACUUAUGAUGAAAUUGCAUCAAUUAGUAACAGAUCCUGAGGUUUCCAGUGACACUCUAGAAGAUCACAUACGUAUACUAAUAAAUGAAUCUGGAUACAAGCAAAAGCUUCGAAAUCAAGUGUAUCAGUACAUUGUCAAGAACCCAAAUUUAAGAAGUAACAUACAACAACGAAAGGAACCUUUGGAAUAUAUACAGAAAGCUCAGAUCAAUUGGGAGCAUCGAAUAACCAAAAGUUUGAAUAAUAUGUCUAAUGAACUGAGCAUGGUAUUUUCUCGAAAGCGUCCCGUUUCUGAGCAAAUUGAGUUCGAAGCGAAGUGGUCGGAAUUGGGGUCUGAAGAUAUGGAUCUUAGUCGGUUUAGGCCUGUGUAUUCUCCUAAAGAUUUUCUUGAAGUCCUAAUUAACAUGAAGAGUCCAAAUAUCAAUAUAACACUCUCUCCUGACACUGGGCCUUCAACCAACUGGGGUCUUAUCAAAGUGCCACUGAAAGUUAAAAGCUUUCAUCAGUUACGAUUACAGUUUGAGGAAAUGUCUGGGAAUAUUGAUCACUUAGGUCUUAAUAUAUUGCCUUUCUCAAACAGUGAUAUUUCUAAAAAAUGUUUAAAAGAAAGAGUAUCGUUAGGAAAACAUGUGCUUGAUGCUAAUCAAGCUACUGUGGCUCGAGAGUUUUGUAAAAGGGGCUGUCCGGCAACUCUGCGAGCUGAUCUUUGGUCUUUAAUUUUAGGUGUAGAUAUUUCUGGGGCACAAAAGCUGAAUUUCAAGCAUCUGAAAUCGUGUGUCUUUCAGCAUGAUUUAUUAAUUGACAAGUUAAUUUUUAAGGAUAUACAUUUAACAGCCUCGAAUGAUGAUCAAUAUUUUGUAUUUGAAGAUUUGUUAUACCAAAUUCUUUUGGUAUUUUCUCGUGAUACAUCUGUUAUAUCCCAUUUUGAAAGAAGCACUGGUAAUCCCCCUUCAGCUGUUCUACGUGGCACACAUACUACUGUUACUUAUCCUCCUAAUGGUGUAAUUCCUUUUCAUGGAUUUUCAAUGUAUGUUGCUCCUUUGUGCUAUAUUUAUGAAGAUCCAAUAACACUUUACCAUGUAUUUCGAGAGCUUUAUGUUCGAUAUUUCUUUCGACUGCAUAACCUGUCUUCUCAUCCCCAGGGUGUUUUAUCUUUGGCUUUAUCAUUUGAGACUCUUCUAGAUGAAGUGGAGCCCCAGUUAGCUUAUCAUUUUUCAGUUCAUGAUAUAUAUCCUUUUACCCCUAGGUUAAAGAUAGCUAUCAAAUGGAUCAUAAAAGGAUUUUCAGGAUGCCUUGCUACAGACCAGAUCUUACAACUUUGGGAUUGUAUGUUAGCUUAUGAUUCUACUGAAAUAUUUGUUGUUCUUGCAGUUGGUAUUAUGUCUUUGAGAAAACCUAUCUUGUUACAAGCAGAAAACCAAGCAACUGUAGAGAAUAUACUGGCUGACAUAUCUGCAGUUAAAGUUAUUCCUAUCCUCCACGGAAUGCUUAACAAUACACGCUAUACUGGUUAUGCCAUCGGUUCUUCAAUUUCAAGAUGAAAUAACUGUCCAUGUAAAGAAUUUAAAGAAUUACUAUAUUUAUUACUUUCAAAUGUUUUUCCAAUUCAUGUCAUAUUAGCUAAAUAGCUAACUACAAAUUAAAUAUAUACAAAUAUUUAUUUAUUGGUUUGUAAAUGUCAAUUGAAAUCUAUACUUAAAGUUAUGCAUGUUAUUUAUUUUGUAAAAGUCUCUUAGAACUGCAAUAUUUUACUUUGAUUAAAGAAUAAUUAUUUUUA